UGGCACAUUUUGCCUAUAAAAUAGCUUACACUCUUGUCUGCUACUCCGUCGCCUUCAUCUCUUCUUUGGCGUGGUACUAAUGGGGCAAAGUAAAGAGCGUAUGAAGAUUACCUUGAUUGCAUGUAUAUUCAUCCUCUGCGUCUCAAUCGAGGGAGAUGCUGAGAAAAUAGGAGUUAACAACGGCCUGCUGGGAGACAAUUUGCCUCCCCAAGAGGAGGUGGUGAGUUUGAUGAAGAUGAACAACAUUGGGAAAUAUAGGAUUUACAAACAAGAGCCCACUGUAUUCAAGGCCUUUGCGAAUUCGGACAUUGAAAUAAUUGUGGGCGUGGCUAAUUUCGACCUGCAGAGGAUCUCGUCGGACGAGAAGGAAGCAAUGAAGUGGGUGGCUGAGUACGUAAAGCCCUACUUUCCUGCAACCAACAUCAAAUACAUUGCUGUGGGAAACGAAGUGUUGGGUAAGGCAGAGACUGCCAAAUAUGUAGGAUAUCUUCUUCCGGCCAUGAUAAACAUCCAAAACGCUCUUCAGAAGGCCAAUUUGCAGGAUAAAAUCAAGGUCUCCACAGCACUGGCGGCGAGGGACCUUAUAGAGGCCCUAUCAUUUCAGGCUCCUUCAAAGGGAACCUUCACUGAAAAAGUUGAGAACGAUACUAGCGCUGUUCUCAAAUUUCUUGAGCAUAGCCGUUCCCCCUUCUUGGCCAAUGUGUUCCCCUUUUUCAUUUACAAUAGCAGCAGGGAUUCCUAUAGCUUAGAUUAUGCCCUCUUCAAACCCACGGCUCCUGUAGUGAAGGACGGGAAUAAGAUUUACAAGAACUUGUUUGACGCCAUGAUUGAUACUCUGUACUCUGCAAUGGAAUCCAUGGGGUAUUCCAACAUACCCAUUGUUGUUACUGCUACUGGAUGGCCCUCAAAGGGAAACGAUGUGGCUACCAUACAGAAUGCAAAGUCUUACAACAACAAUCUUAUUAAACAUGUACUCUCAAAGGCAGGAACGCCAAAGAGGCCUGGACAGAGCCCAGAGACUUGCAUCUUUGCUCUGUUUAAUGAGAACCAGAAGCCUGGAGAUGAGACUGAGCGCAACUUUGGGCUAUUCUACCCUAACAAGAAGCCUGUUUACCCUGUUCAAUUUUCUGUCUAGCUAAGCUCUGUAUUCCAUGUGUUUAGUACAUAAAUAACAGUUGUAUAUUUACGCCUCUGAAUAAAGACCUCUAAACAUUGUUACCAUUCAUGUUGGUCAACUUCACUUUUCUAGUAAUUAGAUUAUUUUUGUUUGAGGGUUUUAUAAGAUUUGAAUCUCUUCAGUUAAGAGUCAAUGACGGAAGGGUCUCUAUUCUACCAAAGUCGUUUGUCGCAUAAACUCAGCUUCAUUCUUUCAGCUAUCAAUGAGCCUUGCACUCAGCAAGACUUGAGCUUUGAUGGGCCCAUUCAGAAUCAUUCAACUUCACCAAUAG